UCUUUGUCAUGAAACCUCACCCUUGUGUGGGUAGGUGCUACUGCUGCUGCUUUCGCUCUCCAUUUCUUCUCUCUUCACUCUGUUUUUUUCCCAUUUGCACGUUUUCCCCACCACCGUUCUAGGUUUUCUUCUCCGAUCCUCCUCCGUCACCGUCGCCGCCGGCAACCACUCUCUUCUCCGGGUUUCAUUUAUGCACGUGAAUCCAAUUUGCAUGAACUCAAUUGAUGGGACCCAAAAAGCGAAACCCUCCUUCUACUCGUUCAAAACAAUCUCCGGCGGCUUCUCCGGUGCCGCAAUCGGCCACCGGCGGAGCCGCCAAUGCUCCCACUCCACCCGACCCUGACUCCCCCAACGCUCCUGAUCAAAAUCCCCCUAACCCUAGCAAGAUCGAAUUGCCUCCCACUCAAUCGGAGGGUUCCGGUUCCGAUUACUUCACCGCAAUCAAGCUGGAAUGCGAGCGAGCCCUCACCACGUUCCGCCGUGGUAACCACAACAGGGCGAUGAAGCUCAUGAAGGAGCUGUGUGUGAAGGAGGAGGGCUCGGUUCACUCGGCUUUUGUUCACCGAAUUCAUGGGUUUGUGUGCUAUAAAUUGGCGUCGUCUAUUAGUGAUACUACUGCGAAGCAACGGCAUUUGAGGAACGCGCUUGAGUCGUCGCGGAGGGCUGUUGAGCUUUCCCCGAAUUCGGUUGAGUAUGCGCAUUUCCAUGCCACUGUGUUGUUGGAGGCAGCGAGUGAGGCGAAGGACUUUGAGGAUGUGGUGCACGAGUGUGAGAGGGGGCUUGCUAUUGAAAACCCCAGUGAUCCUCUGAAGGAGACUUUGCAGGAUGAGAGUGAGCAGAAAGAGACUACUUCAGAAGGGAGGAUAGCAAACAUGCAGAAUGAGUUGAAGCAGCUGAUUCAGAAGUCGAACAUUGCUUCCUUGUCAUCUUGGAUGAAGAAUCUGAGUAAUGGGGAGGAGAGGUUUCGGUUGAUUCCCCUGAGGAGGGCGGCAGAGGACCCAAUGGAGGUGAGGUUGGUUCAGACUAGAAGGCCGAAUGAGAUCAAGAAGGUGACAAAGACGCCAGAGGAAAGAAGAAAAGAAAUUGAAGUUCGAGUUGCUGCGGCAAGGCUGAUGCAACAGAAGUCAGGGUCACCCCUAUCUCCGAAUGAAGGAGAUAGGGAUGACAGGGCACUGGAUUCAUCUUCGGGGUCAGGUCAGAGGAUAGGCGAGAGGAGAAGGCAUGGGAAUAUGAGAAAGAAUGGCCUUACAGAUGAAAGGAGAAAUUGGGUGCUGUCAUAUUGGAAUUCUGUGAGCAUGGAUAGGAAGAGGGACUGGCUUAGGAUUAAAAUUUGUGAUCUCAUGUCCCACUUUGGUUCUUCAAAGGAUACUUUGCCAAAAGAUAUUUUAUCAGAAGCUUUGUUUUAUGCUGAGGCCAACAGAACAUGGAAGUUUUGGCUUUGCUGCCACUGUGAUGAAAAAUAUUCCAAUCCAGAAUGUCACAGACGGCACGUUGUGCAGGAACACAUGGAGAGUCUAUCGUCAAAAUUGCGGAGACUUUUGCCCCAAAGCAUUGAUAAUGAAUGGAUAGAUAUGCUUCUUAAUUGUUCUUGGAAGCCUUUGGAUGUCUCAGCUGCAGUUAAAAUGCUUGACAACAAAGCAAAAUUUAAGAGUUCACCAUUGCCUGAUGACUCUUACUUGGAUAAUCGUACUCAUGACUACAAUGAUUGUUUUCAAGAUGCAAGCAGCUCUUACCAUGAGAAUGAAGAUUUAGCCUACAGUCUUCAUAGUCGUACGACAGAUAGCAGUGACUAUUGUAAAAUUGUAGAAAAUGAUGUUAGAGAGGGUGCUGACGACCAACAAUUAACGGAAAAUCCUGCUACUGAUCGUUGGCCUGUAUCUGAUGACUUAGAGCGUGUAAAACUACUGGAGAAAAUUCAUGCAGUAUUUGAGUUGCUUAUUCGACACAAAUGUCUUGCUGCUAGUCAUCUUAACAAGGUCAUGCAAUUUAGUAUGGGUGAAAUACAGGGUCUUGCUGCUGGUUCUCAACUUCUGAAACAUGGUGUAGAUCAAACACCAAUGUGCAUAUGCUUUUUGGGAGCUUCUCAGCUUAAGAAAAUUCUCCAAUUCCUGCAGGAAAUAUCUCAUGCUUGUGGAUUGGGAAGAUAUGCUGAUAAAAGUGGCAGUCCCGUGAAUGAUACACCUAAUAUUAGUCAAGGUCCUGAGAUCACAGAUAAGAUUAUUCUCAGUGCAGAUGCAUCAUGCCUUCUUCUGGAUGAGUGUCUACUGCCAAGACAAAUCACUCCUAGUACAGCCCAGGGGGCUGUCUUGGAUGACAUGACUGCACCAAGUUCUCCUGAUGGAUAUUUUAAAUAUAAUGAUGCUUUGCUAUCUUGGAUAUUUUCGGGUUCACCUAUUGGGGAUCAAUUGACGUCAUGGAUGCGAACCAAAGAAGAUAAAAUACGACAAGGUGAGGAAAUUGUCCGGGUACUUGAGAAGGAGUUUAGUCACCUACAGAGCCUAUGUGAGAAGAAGGGUGAGCGAAUAGGUUAUGAGGAAGCACUGCAGUCAGUAGAAGAUCUUUGUCUUGAAGAAGGUAAGAAGAGGGGAAGUGGUGGUGAAUUUGUCCAGCGAAGCUAUGAGUCUGUCUUAAGAAAGCGGAGAGAAGAGCUCAUUGAGAGUGAGAAUGAUGUGAUGUAUGUCAGCAAUAGGUUUGAGUUGGAUGCUAUAUCAAAUGUAUUGCAAGAAGCAGAAGCAAUGAAUGUUAAUCAAUUCAGCUAUGAGGAAACUUAUGCUGGUGUGAAUUCUCAGUUGUGUGACUUGGAAUCCGGUGAAGAAGAUGAUUGGAGAAUGAAGGACUACAUGUAUCAAAUGGAUGGAUGUAUAGAAAUUGCUAUCCAGAAAUUGAAAGAACACGUAUCUAUAGAGCUCAGCAAAAUUGAUGCCCGAAUAAUUAGAAAUGUUGCCGAGAUGCAGCAAUUGGAACUCAAGCUUGAGCCUAUUUCUACUAAUGAUUAUCGUGCAAUAUUAGUUCCUCUAGUGAAGUCAUACCUAAGGGCACUUUUGGAAGAUUUGGCUGAGAAAGAUGCAAGAGAGAAAUCUGAUGCUGCAAGUGAAGCAUUUUUGGCUGAACUUGCUCUUGAUUCCAAGAAGAUUGUUAAAGGGGGAAGUGAGAACACAAGACAGGUGGAGAAGACAAAAGAUAAGAAGAAGAAUAAAGAUCACAGAAAAACAAGAGAUUUGAAGGCUACAAGUGGUAAUGUGCAGCACUUGCUUCAAACUCAAGCUAUUGAUUCCAACCAGGUUGCGCCUGAUAGUGACUUUCAAGAUCAUGAGGUCGUUUCCAUGAAUGGUGAUGAUUUGGAACAGCAUGAAGAUGAAUUUAGACGUAAAAUUGAGCUAGAAGAGGAGGAAAAAAAGCUGGAAGAAACUUUGGAAUUUCAACGAAGGAUUGAAAAUGAGGCCAAACAGAAGCACCUUGCUGAGCAACAAAAGAAAUCAUCUGGGGAAGAUUUAGACGACAUUACCGGUAAACUUCAAGAUUGUCAAUUAAAAGUGGUUGCUGACGGCUCAGAUGCUCACAAACAUGAGCAUUUGCCGAAGGAGAAUGGGUGCGCAAGCAAUCUUGAUGGUUAUCUUAUUACCACAGCAAAUGGUUUCGUGGUGCCAACCACAUCUUCAUCUGAUUCAGCUGCCCAAAAUAUUAUCCAUUUGCAUCAGUCGGAAGUUAAACAAGCAGAUAUGCCUAAUGGAAUUGUUCCAGAGAAUGGUCUACCUUUGCCUGAUCGGCGUGUAGGCAAAAAGCAUAAACGACAUAAGAAUUCUUCCAAACUUGUUGACGGAAAGUUUGAAUCUCUCUCCCUGGAAAAGGAGAGAACGGGUGGUACACACAUUGACAAUAACUUAAGAGAGCAGGCUAAAUUCCAUAACAAUCAAGAUGCAAACAAGGAGACCAACGGAUCAACUGUGGUAAGAGAAUUACAAGUGGAAGACGAGGAGGAGGAAAGAUUUCAAGCUGAUCUUAAAAUGGCCGUACGCCAAAGCCUGGACACAUAUCAAGCACGUGGAAAUUUGCCUUCAGUUUCCAGCUUGAGAAUGUCGCAGAGAGCUGUUUCACAAGUAGAUUGUUCGGGUUUUCCACAAGUGGAAGACUCAACUGAUGAUGUGAAUGGAGCUACUUCGCUUGGUACUGGACUGAGAAAUGAAGUGGGCGAAUAUAAUUGUUUUCUCAAUGUUAUUAUACAGUCAUUGUGGCAUUUAAGACGCUUUAAGGUGGAAUUUCUUGGCAGAUCAAGAUCGGAGCAUGAUCAUGUGGGUAAUCCCUGUGUUGUCUGUGCCUUGUAUGAAAUAUUUAUUGCAUUGGACCUUGCAUCAAAGGAUUCCAGGAGAGAGGCAGUUGCGCCUACUUCCCUGCGGAUUGCUCUAAGCAACCUGUACCCACAUAGCAACUUCUUUCAGGAGGCUCAGAUGAACGAUGCUUCUGAGGUACUGGCAGUGAUAUUUGAUUGCCUGCAUCGAUCAUUUAUGCGUGGUUCAAGUGUUUCUGAUGCAGAAUCAGUGGAAAGCAACUGCACGGGGUCUUGGGAUUGUGCAAACACUAGUUGUGUAGCACAUUCACUUUUUGGAAUGGACAUUUUUGAACAAAUGAACUGCCACAAUUGUGGUCUUGAGUCCAGACAUUUGAAGUAUACUUCCUUCUUUCACAAUAUAAAUGCCAAUGCCCUCCGAACUAUGAAGGUUAUGUUUACUGAAAGCUCCUUUGAUAAACUUUUGAAUCUUGUUGAGAUGAACCAUCAAUUGGCUUGUGAUAUGGAAGUUGGUGGCUGUGGCAAGCUAAACCACAUCCAUCACUUUCUUUCAACUCCACCCAAUGUUUUUAUGACAGUUCUAGGCUGGCAAAAUACAUGUGAGAGUGCUGAUGAUAUAACCGCAACUCUGGCAGCUCUUAGCCCUAAAAUAGAUAUCAGCAUCCUUUAUCGUGGUUUAGAUCCUAAAAGCACCCAUAACUUGGUUUCAGUGGUUUGCUACUACGGCCAGCAUUAUCAUUGCUUUGCUUAUAGCCAUGACCAUGAACAAUGGAUUAUGUAUGAUGACAAGACUGUCAAGAUAAUUGGUGGAUGGGCGGAUGUUCUUACAAUGUGUGAAAGAGGGCAUCUACAACCUCAGGUUCUUUUCUUUGAAGCUGUAAACUAGAUUUCUGGUGGAACUGAUAACAUCUUUUGCUGGACCGGAGAAUGUUGAGUUUGACAUCUAAUUGGUUUCUGGCGUGGUCCUGUUUAUGCAACUAUGUUGCGUUGCUGCAUACCACAAGUGGUUUCAACAAAUAAAGUUGCAAGUUUCACCAAUGUCAACAAGUUUUGGCGUACAUACAUCAGUUCGGAUAUAUAGCAUUUUAAAAUUUGUGAUGGUUUUAAUAGGAACAACUGGUUCUCAUGGGGCAUAUGAUGACGAAUACAUAUAGUGUACUAUGUUAUGGGGUGGCUUAGAAGAACCCAGAGAGUAGUGUUUGGCACUGAGACAGAUUGGUUCGUUUUGAGAAUAUCAGAUUCAUUUCUUGUAUCCAUCAAAUAAGCAGGUUUUGGUAUUGCUGGAAGAAUCAUAAUUUGUUGAGGUUGGCCAGCAAAGUGUGAGAAGCUCUUAGGCUGUGUUAUGAUGGAAAUGGUUGCUUAUUAUUGUUGGGUGGGAACAUGUAGCAAUUUUUACAAGGGGGGACUUUGUUCUUCAGUGGUGAAAGAAAUUUCCCUCCCACCCCUCCUCCACCCAAACAGAAAAAUAAAGAAAAGAAAGUCCUGUAUAGUAUUUAUACAAUUAGAUUUAUCAAAAUAUCAGCUUGUUGCAACUAGGCUGAGAAAGGAGCAUCCUUUAAUGUUCUACUGGACAACUUUUCUCUCCUUCAGGAUACCUAUGAUGAAACAUGCUGCAUUCAGGCUUUGAGCCACAGUAAAUUCAAGAGCUCCAUCCUUUUGAUCCAUUUAGUGUACUUUGUUCUUUACUUCCAUUUUUUAGUGGUAGGGUGGGGGAGGGGCUGGAUCUCCAUGAGUUUGUUUAAGUAUUAGUUAAAUUAAUGGACUAAUGAUAUUAAAUUAUAGUUUGCAGAUGAUAACCUUAGCUUUGAGUGAGGAAAAAGCUGAAAGGUUUUGACAAUUUUGUCCUGUACUUUCUGGGAAUAGCGUCAAGCCAGAUGGAUUAUUAUACUUCAUUGUUUCAUAUAAUAUUAAUGCAAAAUGUUGUGCAAUUCAGCUUCUA